AAAAGAAAAAAGGAAAAUGAAAUGUAUGCAGAAGACGGGAAAAAAAAUUUAACAAAGAAAAUCACACACCGCACCCUCGUACUGUCGGAAACGCUGGGCUAACCCGGCGAACCGGAUAACCAAACAUUUCCCAAUCUUUAGAUUAGGUUUUAGCUUAAAUCCUGUUCAUAUCUGCUCAGAGAGCUUUGAGUGCACAUCUGCUGCAGCAUCCGUGACGCUAUUCCAAUGCUGGAUGAUAAAGCUUAGAGUUAUUUCAUUUACAAAUUGUAUGUUUGAUAGUUACCAUUGAGUUGUCAUUAUUCAAAAUAUUCUGGGGAUACAUAUGCGCGAUGCUUAGUCCCUUGACUUUUCUCUCUUUUUUGAAAGGAAAGCACGAGAAGAGGAAGUUUAGUAUGUAUAGUCAAAAAGCUUGUAAAGUAUUACCUGUUUGCGUUUUACCUCAUUUACUUUUCUAUAAAGAAUUAUUUCACUUUCAUUUGUUCUUCUUAUGCGACACUUUGAUUUUCUUUAACGAAAAUCAGUCUUACCAUGGAAUAGUUACUUGAGCUUUAUAUUCAAGAAAUUCUUAGUCUCAAAAAUGUCCCUAAGGUUAUAUACCUAUGAAACUCGCCCACUGAUAACACUAUCCCCUUUUCGGCUAUUACUCGCUGGAUGCUCUUUGACUUUUAAAGUGCCUUUGACUAGUAGCCAAAACCUGAAAACAACGCUGAGAACUUAAAGCAAUGGUUAAUCUUUAUAGCCGUUCUGGCAGGUGGCGUAAAAGGACUGAACCAUGUAGCUCUCUUGCCAUAUUGUUGUAGUUCCGGUGGAUAAGCCGUUCGAGCCUGCACUGUGUCAAUAAUAUAAAUGCCACAAUCACAAUAUAGGCCUUAGUAGGAUUAAUAGAUUGUAUGUCUCUAUGAAACAGAAACAUUUUUUUACAACUGCAGAAAAGCAUUUUAAAUAAGACUAAUACAGUUUUAAUAGAUAUUACAAUAC